ACCACAUGUGUUGUCCGAGUAAAACGCACCGAUUCAUGUUUUGGUUGUAGGUUAGAAAAAUGGCAAGACUAUGGAGUGGAAAAUUGUUCAUUCAGCGACACAAUGUAAUUCUACAGCAAGUUCGAAACAAGUGGAUAAAUAAGAUCAAAGUUGACAUUUAUCCGAGUCUAGAGGAGAGAUUAGCCGAGAGAGAUGAAACCAAGAAAGAUCCCCAAUUAUAUGCUCCAGUCAACAUUGGUUUUACCAUUGACAAGAAAUCCCGAAUGGAGCAAAUAUCUGAGCGUGUGGAGAAGGUGAAAAGCAAUAAACGAGAUAGAAGCUUAGAAAAACUCGCAAAGAAAUGGCUGUUGAAAGUUGAUCUUGAUGCAGUUCAGAAGGAAUGGGAAACCACAACUGCUCCUACACAUUUGAAAACGUUGGCGGAGCACUAUGGGAUAUUUUCAGAUCUAUUUGGGUUGGCGUAUUUCAUUCCACACGUCUACAUGAAGGUCACCUAUGAUUACGAUGAAAAUACAGAAUCUGUUGUUUACAGAGGGAAUGUCAUCAAACCUUCAGAGGCAGUGUGUCAGCCUCAUGUAGAGUUUUCUAGCAAACCUGAUGAUUUAUGGACCCUCAUUCUUACCAAUCCAGACGGGAAUCUGUAUGAUAACGAUAAAGAGUGCCUACACUGGUUUGUGGGAAAUAUUCCAGGAGGAGAUGUCAGUAAAGGUGAUGUUAUUUGUGACUAUCUGCAGCCCUUCCCACCCAGAGGUGUUGGAUAUCAGCGUAUGGUGUUCCUCUUGUAUAAGCAAGAGAGUACUAUAGAUUUCUCCAAAUAUCAAAAGCACAAUCCUUGCUUAGAACUUCGAGAGCGAACAUUCUCUACUUUAGAUUUCUACCAUGAGCUGCAAGAUGAAAUUACACCAGCAGGUGUUGCCUGGUUCCAGUCAGACUGGGACUCUACUUUGACGAAUGUUUUCCACAAGAAACUUAAUAUGCGUGAACCUAUUUAUGAGUAUGAUUUUCCCCCUCCAUAUAUAACAGCAGAGAAGUAUUUUCCAGUUAAAAAGCCUUUCAAUGAAUACAUGGAUAGAUAUAAACACCCAAAGGAACUCAAUAAAGAGAUUCUUCUUCAACGUCUUGCAAAGAUAAAUCCUCUAGAGGGAGACCCACCUGUGCUUCAGUUUCCUUCUGCUUUACCAAUAGACAACACUCUUCCAUCAUGGUAUAAGAGGGAAAUAAAAAGGGAGCGUCUUGGUGUUGGAAAAUACAGAGAUCUCUUCAGGGGCCGUAAUAGACCACCACAAAUUUUGGAUGAAAACAUAGAGAAGUUUGAAAUUGAGUAUGAAACCGACAAGCCUAAGAGACAUAAGUAUUAAUAUGAGAGAAACCGUUCACCUCUCUUUUUUUGUAUAUAAUCUGUAAGUGUUCAUUAGUAAAUCAGUUGGACCAAUGAU